AUGACAAGGGUGCCAAAUAAUUACAGCAACGAGAUGGUCCGAAUUCUUAGAGAGAUCAACACAUUCAGACUAAGCCAUCCGAACAUUACAUAAUUCAAAGAAUCUUACUUCACCUAUGAAGAUGAGUUUGCCAUUGUUACAGAGCUGGCAGAAUCAAAUCUCUAAGCAUUCAGAGAAAACACAGAGCUGAACAAUGCUCAGAUUGCUGGCAUAAUGAUCUAGAUACUUAAAGGGACCAUCCAUCUUCACAACCAAAAUAUCAUGCACAGAGAUCUAAGUCCUGAUAACAUUCUAGUCUUUGAGAAUGGCCAAAAAUUCAAAAUUUGCGAUUUCGGAAUGGCUCAGUUGUUAUCCAGUUCAAAUUCUUACGUAGGAAAACCAUUUUUCAAAGCACCGGAAAUAGACUCAGGCGAGGAAUUCAGCUAUAGCACUUAAGUUGACAUUUGGUCUUUAGGAGUAAUACUUUACUACAUGUGCACUAAGAAAUACCAAUACUAAGGCAAGACAAUAGCCAAGAUUAAGUAACAAGAUUUUUCAAAGUAUAUUCUACUUGAAGGUGAAUAGAAGGUAUUCGAACCACUCCUUAAUAAAAUGCUAUAGCACAACCCUGCUUUAAGAAUAGAUGCAUUCUAGGUGCUUCUAGAACUUUGCUAACUAAACAACGAACAGUUUAACAAGCAUUUAGAAAUAGAGGAACAAAAACAAAUUCAUCAUAGUCCUAGUAAUGAUGAAGCUAAAAGUGCUUUUGCUUUAACGAUAUAAUCAACCGAUGCUUUUGUUAACGAAAUUAUAAACAAGCUAGGAGACUUCAACUAUGGCGCAAUUGAUAAGGUUCAUCCAAAUCCAAACAGAAUCUUCAUGCCUCUUAUUAAAUAUGAUGAUGGUACUAUAUAUCAAGGUGAGUAUGAUACAAUCACUAAAUAAAGAGAUGGAAGAGGCAGAUAUAUUCUCAGUGAUGGAGGAGUUUAUGAUGGGUUUUGGAAGAAUGAUUAGAGAGAUGGAUAUGGAAGACUAAUUAUAUUUGAUGGAGAUUAUUACAUUGGUGAGUAGAAAGAUGGUAAUAAGAAUGGAUAUGGAAAGUAUUAUCAUUAUAUUUCUGGAAAUAUUUAUGAAGGGUAAUGGGUAAAUGGUAAUAGCGAAGGCUUAGGAUUGUAUAAAUGGAGAGAUGGUGAUAGUGAUUAUUACUAUGGAUAAUGGGUGAAUGGAAAGAGAUAAGGUGUAGGAGUAUUCACUUACAGUAAUGUAUAUUCCAAAGAAUGGUGGGCAGAUAUAAAUAAGGAAAUAUGA